AUGGUCUUCAUGAAACCUGAAAGUGCUCUUCGACGAGCCGAUGAAUUAAUUGAUGUUGGAAAGAAACAACGUGCUUUGGAAACACUUUUUGAAGUUAUUACAUCACGUCGUCAUCGAACAUGGACGAAAACACACGAACCAUUGAUGGAGAAAUUUUUGGAUUUAUGUGUUGAAUUAAAGAAAAGUCAAAUUGCUAAAGAUGGUCUUCAUCAAUAUAAAACAAUUUCACAAACAGUAUCGGUGAAAUCACUUGAAGAUGUUAUUAUGAGAUUUCUUAAAAAUGGUGAACAACGUUGUUUAGAUGCACGAAAAGAAGCUACAAAUGCUCUUGUAGAUAUUGAUGAUUUGGAAGUUUUGCAAUCACCUGAAAGUCUUUUACUCAGCGCAGUUAGUGGUGAAUCACAACAAGAUCGUACUGAUCGUGAUAUGCUUGCACCAUGGUUAAAAUUUGUUUGGGAAUCAUACAAACAAUGUUUAGAUUUAUUAAAAAAUAAUAAUCGUGUUGAAAAAAUCUAUCAAGAAGUUGCUCAAAUGGGAUUUCGAUUUUGUCAACAAUAUAAUCGUCGACCUGAAUUUCGAAAACUAUGUGAUACAAUUCGAACACAUUUUGUACAAUCACAAAAAUAUUCUCAACAAAUGUAUAGUGUUAAUUUUCAAUUACCGGAAACACAAGCACUUCAUUUAGAAACACGUUUAGUUCAACUUGAUACAGCUAUUGCUAUGGAAUUAUGGCAGGAAGCAUUCAAAGCUGUCGAAGAUAUUCAUGCAUUCACAACAAUUUCAAAAAAAACACCACGACCACAACAAUUAGCAUCCUAUUAUAAUAAAGUUGCACUUGUUUUUUGGAAAGCUGGAAAUUAUGUUUUUCAUGCAACAACAGUUCUUAAAUUAUAUGUUUUACAUAAAGAACAAAAGAAAAAUAUUACACAUGCUGAAUUAAGUCGUCUAUCAACAAAAGCAUUAUUAGCAAUUUUAUCAAUUCCAUUACCAACACCACGAACACAAAUUGAUGAACAUUUAGAAACAGAAGAAACAACCAAUGAAAAACAAAAACGUUUAACAGGUUUAUUAUCAUUACAACAAAUUCCAACACGUGCAAGUCUUAUACGUGAUAUGAUUAAACAAGGUGUUUUAAAUUUUGUUUAUCCGGAAUUAAAAAAUAUGUAUGAAUGGUUAGAAGUUGAAUUUAAUCCAUUAAAAUUAUCAAAAAAAAUGGAAGACAGUAUACAAUUUGUUGAAAAACUUUCCCAACCAGAAUAUACACAAUAUAUGCCAGCAUUACGUGAUGUAACUGUUGUUCGUUUACUUCAACAAAUUUCACAAGUUUAUCAAACAAUUGAAUUAAAACGUUUUAUUGAUCUUGCACCAUCUAUUGAUAAACAUCGUUUAGAAAAAAUUAUUGUUAAUGCAGCAAAAAAUAAUGAUGUCCAAGUUCGUAUUGAACAUAAAUUAAAAGCAUUAACAUUUGGAACAGAUUUAAAUCUUUCUUCAAAUGGACAAACAAUUGAAAGUCAAUCGGCACCAAAAACAAACGUGAUUCAAAAAAUGCCGAAUGAACAAAUAAGAAAUCAACUUAUAUCAAUAUCACGUGCACUUUAUUCAUCAAUGGAAAUUAUUAGUGAAAAAUCUAAUAAAGAACGUAAUGAUAAAUUAAGACGAGAAAUUGCUUUAACUUAUUCUCGUGAUGAAAUUAAUCAACGAAAAGAAAUAUUAAAACGACGAGAACUUAUUGAACGUUAUAAAGAAGAUAAAGAAAUUGAAUCGAAAAAUAAAUUACGACAACUUGAAACAACUUCACGACAUCAAGAAGAAGUCCGUGUUAAAGAGGAAGAAGAACGUCGUAAAGCUGAUCAAGCACGUCGUAAAGCUGAAGCUGCAUUAGAACGUGAAAAAGAAGAACAUCGUUUAAAUAUGAAAAUUGCUAUUGAUAAAUUACGUGAAUCGGAUAUAGGUCGUCGAAUAAUUGAACUUAUUGGUGAAGAAGAAUUAUAUAAAUAUGAUCCUGAAUCAUUAAAUUCUUUACAUAUUGAUGCUGUUAUAAAACAUAGUCGUGAACAAAAAGAAAAAUUAAAAGUUCAAUUUAAAAAAGUAGACUUUUUUGCUCGUGCAUUACAUGAUGCUGAAGUUCCAUUAGUUAAAAAAUAUAAUGACGAUGAAACAAAUCGAAGACGUGAUAUUCAACUUCAAGAACGUGAACUUGCUAUUGAACGACGUGGACGUCUUGUUCGUAUGGAUGAUGAUAAAAACGAUUUUCUUAAUUCAAUACGUGGACAAAGACAUGAAGAUUUUCUUACCGAAAAGAAAGAAUUUGAGCAACGUUUAACUAUUGCACGUCAACAACGUUUAGAACAAAUACGUAAAGAACAUGUUGAAAAGAAAAAACAAGAUUGGAAAAAACAAAAAGAAAAUAAAAAACAAGAAAAAAUACAAUCAAAAUUAAAACGUCAAGAAGCAGAACGUAUAGCUGCUUUACGUGCUAGUGCAAAAGCAAGAGAUGAAAAAUUAGCUGAACAAUUAGCAAAACAACGUGAACGAGAAGCAGCUGUUGAAGCUAAAUUGAAAGCAGAACAAGAUGCUACACGAUCAACUUCAACAAGUACUGGUCGACGUCCUGCACCAUCAUCUGACAAAGACAAAACGGAUAGUCAAGCAUGGCGACCUACUCCACGUAGACAAGAUGAUAAUCAACAAUCUCGUGUUGAAUCAAAGGAUAGUUGGCGUAGUCGAAACGAUGAUCAACGUUUAAGAAAUACUGAUCAACGUUCAGAUGAACCAUCAACAAAUAAAAGCGCAUCGUCGAAUGAUACAUGGAAACCAAGACCAAGACCUGAGCAACCAAAUCGAGACGAAAGACGAGAUGAUAGACGAGAUGAGAGACGAGGUCCACCAUCAUCAUCACAACAACAACAACGACAGGCAUCACCAUCAUCAUCAGACCGAUGGACAGAACGAAAUUCUGAAACAUCAAGCAGUUGGCGUACAGUAGAAAAAAAACGUCCUAAUCCUAGUACACGAACUGAUAAUGAACGUCCAUCACAACAACGUUCAGGUGAAUCAUCAUCAAGUGGAGCUUGGCGACCAAAACAACGUCCAGUUGAAGAACCACGAGAAAAUAUUCGUAGUGGUCCACCUCCAGCAGACAGUUGGGGACGUGCCGAUGCUAAUAGUAGUUGGCGCUCAAGAGAAAAAAAACGUUUGAACAGUUGGCGUGCCAAUGACAGUGAUGAUGAAAAUGAACGUCCUUCAUCGGAUAAUACACGUGGUAUUGGUGGCAGUGGUAACCGGGAAUAA